AAUUACUAACUAUCGAUCGCAGAUUAUCAACUACCAACUGUCGACUAUUGACAGCAAGCGAGUUUUCUUGGUUUUUCAAAACACUCGAGGUCAUAUACAAGCGCGAAAUCAAUACGUUGUUACGCAUUGAUCCCGCAACUACAGAAAUGUACGCGUUCACGUAAUACUCUAGCUGCUAGAGUUCAGCAGAAUCAAGUUUAGUAUUUGUAUUAAAAAGUCAGGAAAAAUGAUUUUUGCACUCAAAUGACACUGAAUCGAAAUAAUUUAUAAGCAAAAUAUGUUUCAAGAAAUAGUUAAGGAAAAACACGAGUCACUGCAACUCUUAACUCUUGUACAAAGCACAACGUUUCAUGAAUACACAAAUAUAUCGUAGCAGAAAUUAUAUAUCUCACGCAGAGUUUUUCAAAUCGAUCUCUUGUUGAUUUUUUGAUGCAAAUAGCCCACUGUGAAUCACAGUGUGGUGCGAUAUGUUAUCGUGAAUCGAAGAAAGUUUGCGUUCGAAUGAUUCAAAGUGGAAAAGAUCCAUUCCUAGACAACAUGGUUUCGUCGCGCGGAAGUGGUAGGGGAGUCGAAGAGUAUACUCGCUGGUUCGUACGCCGAAAGCUCAGUUUAGUUUAAUAGUGGUUUCGAGUCGUAUUCUUCUCCGAGCUUCGAAUUUUGGAAUGUUCGAAUAUUGAAUAAAAUUCGCAAUCAUCGAAGCGUCGAAACCGGGAUCGAAACGCAAUCAAACGUAAAGAAAAGAAAGAAGAACGAGGACCAAUGACUGUUGGGCGAAUUUUUGAAUUGACUAAAUUUCAUAUACCAUAGGAAUAGGAAAAAUUUACUAUUUUUAUUUUGUCCUUCGAUUUCAAUCUCGUGUGAUCGUUUAUGAAUUAACGAAGAUACCCUGAGCAAGGAAACAUAGAGGACGUAUUAAGGCUUAAUAUUCGUAUGCAAAACGGAAACGGGAAAAGAGACAAAACGAAAUCGAGAUAAAUCCGAUCGGCAAAGGAAGAAAUAGAGGGGCGAACAAUGAAAUACAAGGUAAACGAUCCGGACGCAAACGACGAAAGGAAUGGCGCGAUUGAGAUGAAACAAGAAUCGAUAUUCUCGUGGCAAUAUGGGCCGAGGAACGAAAAGGAAUUGGACAAAAAUAAAUGGAAAUUGAUCAUAAUUGUUGGUAUAUUAAUGGUAAUCGUGAUUGCGUUGCUACUAACGGUGGCCUUGCAGAUGGUUAUUUUCCGCAAGCAAGUCUACGAUGAGAUGUGCCAGAGCGAGGAAUGCGUGAGGACAGCCGCCAGGAUAAUAGAGGCGAUGAACAGAUCUGUAGAUCCUUGUCGAGAUUUCUACAAAUUCGCCUGCGGCGGUUGGAUUUCAAAGAAUCCUAUACCGCAGAGUCAAACAUCCUGGGAUCAAUUGAGUCUUCUUAAGGAACGAUUACUGAAAGAUCUAAGGAUAUUGCUCGAAGAAUCGGACGAUGGAAACGAUUUGAGAUCGGUCAAGCUGGCUAGAACUCUGUACAGGACUUGUAUGAAUUUAACGAGCAUCGAAGCUCUGGGGUUGAAACCCGUCUAUGAAACGUUUAACAAGCUCGGAUUACCAAAAGACCCACCUUUACAAAACGAAACUUUACCUUUUGAUCUUCCCGGUAUUGUCGGCAGGAUACAGAGAGUUUUAGGUUUGAAUAUAUUUCUAAAUUUUUAUAUUAGCGAGGAUAUACGAGACACGACGAAAAAUAUGAUGAUGAUAGAACAAACGUCACCAGGAUUUAGCGAGCGUUAUUUGCUCGAUUCUUCGCGAUUUCAAUCGGAAUUAAUGGAAUAUAAGAAGUAUAUAGAAAGCAUGAUCAAACUGGCUGGCGCAGGGAAUAGAAGCACCGAAUUUGCCAACGAAAUCUUAAACUUUAGCACGAAUAUCGCGCGCAUCAUGGCAACUCCAGAACAAAGACGCAACGUAAAUCAUCUUAUUUACGAUGUAACUAUCAAUGAAUUUCAACUGAUGACAGAUUUGCACGUACAACAGUGGAACUGGACCAGAUAUUUGGAAGCGGUGUUCGACGAUACAAACGUGACAAUAAAUACUGAAUCGGAGCGUGUGAUCGUAAUGGAUCUGCAGUAUUUACAGAAACUACCUAAACUGUUAGCAACUACUCCAUCCGCUACGAUAGCGCGAUUCGUAUGGUGGAACGUCUAUUCGGCGAUUGCUCCAUUAACGUCACAGCAAUUUCGUGAUCUUGGUUUCAAAUUCUCGCAGAAAGUUUUCGGUUUAAAAGAAAAGACACCGAGAUGGAAAAUUUGUACUGGAAAUGUAAACGUAAAUUUUGGUAUGGCUCUCAGUUAUAUUUACGCACGAAAACACUUUGACGAUAAUGCUCGACAAAAGGCUCUAGAAAUGUUGCUCGACAUUAAGGCAGCGUUUGAACAAAUGGUUGCCGAACUAGAUUGGAUGGAUGGUGAGACAAGAGCUCGGGCUUAUAGAAAGCUGCACGCGAUAAGACCGUUCGUAGGAAUUCCAGACUGGCUUACUAAUUCAACAAAAUUGGAUAAAUUUUACGAGGAGAAAAAUGUUGUGCCUGGGCGAUUGUUCGAUACAUUUUUGAUGCUAACUGACGCAACAGUCAAGAAAAGUUUAAAUAGUUUGCGUGAGAAACCGGACAAAAAUCGAUGGAUAUCGACUGGAACAACGGUAAAUGCGUUUUAUAGCGCAAUAUUAAACUCAGUCACAUUUCCAGCUGGUAUUUUGCAUCCUCCGUUUUACGGGAAUGGUUUACAGUCUGUCAAUUACGGUGCCAUGGGCGCAAUCAUGGGUCAUGAACUAACUCAUGGAUUCGAUGAUCAAGGUCGUAGAUAUGACGAAAACGGGAAUCUUCAGCAGUGGUGGAGCAACGAGACGUUACAACGUUACCACGAGAAAGUUGAGUGUAUAAUCAAACAGUACGGUAACUACCAUCUGCCAGAGCUAGGCGAUAAUAAUAAUUUCACGGUAAAUGGCGUGAAUACACAGGGAGAGAACAUAGCCGAUAACGGUGGUAUACAAGAGGCCUACAAAGCGUAUCAACGAUUUCGAAUAAGAAAUACUAAUCGACUAGCUCUACCCGGCCUCGCUAAUUAUAGCCAAGAACAAUUAUUUUUUAUAGGUUUCGCACAAGUCUGGUGCGGUAGUUAUACGAAUGGAGCGCUAAAGUCUAAAUUAAUACAAGGAGUUCAUGCACCAAAUCAUUUCAGAGUCAUCGGAACUUUAUCGAAUAACGCGGAUUUUGCGAAAGCAUGGAAUUGUCCGGUUGAAAGUCCCAUGAAUCCGUCUCGCAAAUGUAUUCUUUGGUAAUUAUUUGUAAUUACACAGCACGCACCGAACAUUACCGAACAUACGAGAUUAUGUCAUUCUUUAAAAAGAACAUUGUAUAAUAUUCAUAGUAAAAUUACAUAAACAAGAAA